AUGUUUGAUAGAUUAACGGUGGCGACGAUCAACAUUCAUCUGCAUUCGUCGGACAAGACGCCGUCUGACCGGUCAUUAUCGGACGCUGGUGAACGUCAGAUCGAAUCCCGUAUCCGAAUAGACUCGUGCAAGCGCAUCGCCAAGAAAAUUGACGACGUGCUGGGCGGGUGCCCUCUGCGCGCGCGCGGCGCCAGGGCAAUCGAGACCGACUCACUCGUCAUCAAUGAGAUGCGCCGGUGGCACGUCCCUGACAUUCUGCCGAAGGACGUGCUGGCGGAGGUUGUGACCGAGCGCGUGAAGUUGCGGCGUCGGGUGGUCGAGCUCCGCCGGAACGUGAACACCUUGAUCUCGGGCACUGAGAGGACUGGGGCGAAUAAGCCGGAGACUCUGUGUGGGGAGUCAACGCUUGUCAUCAGCGUCGCAACUCGGGACUCGGCGCGAGGGAAGGGCGGAAAGCGGACGUACUUCCAGUUCGCAAACCAACCAAAAGCGCCUCGGGGUGUUCAAGCGCCGAGCAGUGCGGGGACGGCGAUGGGCUCGGUGGCCUCGAACCUGCCAGGGAGGGACCGCAGUACGUGA